AUGCGCUGGGGUCGCUCCACUUGGGUAGCGGAUCGCAGCCUUCGAGCAUCGAAGAAUGAAGAAAUCCCUGUUGGUUUCUGGAAUGACAAAGCAGCUAAAGUGCCUCUAUGUGGAGUCAGGUGGGUGCCCCCAGUUGUAUGGAAGGCGGCUGUGGAGAGACUACACAAGACUUUCACCAGGGAGCACCCCAGCCCCCUCAUCUGUGUCCCUUGCUGCUCCCUGCUGGGGCCAGUCACUGGAUGUGUCACCAGUGUGCUUCCUUUGGGCACUCCAUUCCUGUCCCCUCCCUGCCAUCUCCAAGCCUGCUGCCAGCUGCUGUGUCAGGGCUGCUUCUACUGCUGUCCCUCAGCUGGACCCACCUGGUGGCCUCUAACCCAGACCCCAGAGGUCACAGCCAGAGAAUAUCCAGAGCCAAAGCUGAAGCCCACAGAUCAGCUUUUGCCCUUAGAGGCUUCUAAAGAGGAGGAGGUAGCAGAGCAUGCGCACAUGGAUGUUUCUGCUUCCUCCUCCUCCUCUUCUGCAGAAGAUUUGGAGAAUGAUCUGGAGAUCGGCCCUCCCCAAAGACUGACGGUGAAUAGCACAGUCAACACAGACUUCAACCUUCUUCAAAAUUCUCCAUGGCAGAGUGGCCUCUGCAAGCCAGGAUGGAGGUAUUGGAGGAGAAAUGGCCCAGAGUCUCAUCCUAGGAAGCCAGGGUUCUCUGCUAGGGCAGUAGUUGAGGCCCACUGCUCCAUUCCUUACCAUAUAUCUCUUAGAAAUGUGAUGCAGGUUUCCACUAUGUUGGGAUUGGAAGUAAUUCUUUGGAGUGUGGUCAUGUUGAAGGGGUGGCUGUGA